AUGAAACCACAGUGGCUUUUAUUUAAAGAGAAGGAAGCAGCCAAAACUGGUAUUUUAGACCUAAGUAAAGAAUUCAUUACAGAUUUAAAGCUCAUAAGGCCAUCAAAAACAAUUAAAGUUUUAAAUUUAAGUUAUUCAACAAUAGAAAGCUUAGAAGGCUUACGAAAAUUACCAAACAUCGAAAAAUUUAUCGCAAACAAUGCUGCAAUUUCUUCAUUAAAAGGUUUUGAAGCAAUUUCAAAUAUUCGGUCAAUUGAAUUGCGCGAUACUCCAUUAUCUAAAGAAAAAUACUACAAGCUAUCAAUUGUUUUUGCAUUUAUGAAUAUAAGAACGAUAGAUAAUAAAAAGAUUCCAGAUUCUCUUUAUAAAAAGGCCGAAACAUAUCCUGAAGAGUGCAUUGACUUGCUAAAUCUCGGCUGGAAAUUGGAGUACCCAUGUCCUACCCAUGAACAGCUCGAAUCUCUACGUGAUCAAACAGAAAUCAUUAACAGUCCCGUUAAAACAACAAAACCGAAACAAAAUGACGAAAAUGACUCUGAUGAUUUUACAGCGUUAGUUAAAAACGUUUUAAACAGACAUGAUAAAGUUGUUGAAAAAAUUGACACAAAAUUACAGAAAUUAUUUGAUUCUUCGCCUGAUUUGAAUGAAGAAACAGAAAGUGUAGUUUCUGUACAGGAAUCAGAGCAAUUACAAGAAUCCCAAGUCAAAGAUCAAGAAAUUAUUUCAUCUUUUGCUGAAUCUUCAAUUUCAAACUACCAGGCCAAGCCACUCAAAGAGCAGAUCGUAGAAUUACUCCAAGAAUUCGGUUACAAUCCUCUUUCAUUAAAAUCAAAAGAUUUACUUGAACAAAUAAGACAAAUUUUAGCUUUAUCAACAGAAAACCAAUCCAAUCAUGAUACAGAGCUUGAAAUCAAUGAAGAAGAGGAAGAAAUCAAAGAAAUUGAAGUUUCAUCUCCAAAACAACAAAAUAUUCCUGUUCCAGUAGCCGAAGAAGACCUUCUCCAACCAGAAGAAGAGGAAGAAACAACUCAACUUGAGCGAGAAACAACUUCUCCUAAAUUUGAAGAUUCUAUUGAGGAAGAAACACCAGAAAACGCAGAAUUCAAAGAAGAUCAAAACGAAGAAUUCGAAAACGAGAACGUAACUUACGUAUUUGGCGAUGAAGAAGAAGAUGGUUAUUUAGAGCAUCCAAACUUUGAAGAAGAAGACUUUGACAUCGAUGCAAAUCUCGAGCAGCUUAAUUCCAAGAUUUCUGAGGUAAAUAGCAUCAUCGCAGCCCUUACAGAAGAAGAAAUUAAUGAAGAUGAAUCCGAAAACGAAUCAGAUGGCCAAAACAAGGACCGGUAA